AUGUUCAGAACUUCUUUGCGUCAAACUUCCAGAGCUUUCAAUUUGGUUGCCAGAAGAACCUACGCCGAAGCCGCUGCCACCGGUGGUUUGAAAUUGAACUUUUCUCUUCCACAUGAAGCUUUGUAUGAAAAUGUCAGUGUCACCCAAGUUAAUAUUCCAGCCGUCUCUGGUGUCUCUGGUAUCUUGGCCAACCACGUCCCAACCAUUGAAGAACUCGGCUCUGGUGUUGUUGAUGUGAUUGAAGGUUCUGGCGUCAAAAAAUCAUUCUUUGUUUCUGGUGGUGUUGCUACCGUCCAACCAGGCUCUAAAUUGUCCAUCACCGCCGUCGAAGCUUUCCCAGUCGACGCUUUCUCUCCAGAAGCCAUCAAGGCUAAGUUGGCUGAAGCUCAAAAGAAUGUUACUUCUGCUGAUGCUGAAGUUGCUGCCGAAGCCGCCAUUCAAGUUGAUGUUUUGACCGCUUUGCAAGCUGUUGCCAAAUAA